CGUAGGACCUGCCUUUUCUGGCUUCGGGGACUAGAAAAAGAGCGUCGAUGCCGCCGGUAGGGAUGCAUCGUCCUAGGCUGUUGCUGCUGCUGCUGCUGGCGGCUUCAUCGCAGGUAUCUUGCUGUUCUUGAAAUUAUCCCCUUUGGAAACACCAGGGACGUCCAGCCUCCAGUAUGUCCAAGUACAAACUUAUCAUAUUAAGACAUGGAGAGGGUGCUUGGAAUAAAGAGAACCGAUUUUGCAGCUGGGUGGAUCAGAAACUCAACAGUGACGGCUUGGAGGAAGCUCGGAACUGUGGCAGACAGCUCAAAGCCUUAAAUUUUGAGUUCGAUCUUGUCUUCACCUCUGUCCUUAACCGGUCCAUUCACACAGCCUGGCUGAUCCUGGAAGAGCUGGGGCAGGAGUGGGUGCCUCUGGAAAGCUCCUGGCGUCUGAAUGAGCGUCACUAUGGAGCCUUGAUUGGCCUCAACCGGGAGAAAAUGGCUUUGAAUCACGGUGAAGAGCAAGUGAAAGUCUGGAGAAGGAGCUACAACGUGACCCCGCCUCCCAUUGACGAGUCUCAUCCCUACUACCAUGAAAUCUACAAUGACCGCAGGUAUAAAGUGUGUGACGUGGCCUUGGAUCAGCUGCCCCGCUCAGAAAGCUUAAAGGAAGUUCUGGAAAGACUCCUUCCCUAUUGGAAUGAAAGGAUUGCUCCUGAAGUGCUAAAGGGGAAAACCGUUCUGAUAUCUGCCCAUGGGAAUAGCAGCAGAGCUCUCCUGAAACAUCUGGAAGGUAUCUCCGAUGAAGACAUCGUCAACAUCACUCUUCCCACAGGAGUCCCGAUUCUGCUGGAGCUGGAUGAGAACCUGCAUGCCGUUGGGCCUCACCAGUUUCUGGGUGACCAGGAGGCCAUCCGAGCGGCCAUCAAGAAAGUGGAGGAUCAAGGAAAAGUGAAAGACAGCAAAAAAUAAAGUCCUCCCGAGCCAGGAAUCAAUGCAGACGAUGACAUGCAGUGUGUGACGGGUGCUCAUUUAUUUCUCUCUGCCUUUUCUCUGAUUUUCCACAUUUUUUUCCAAGGCUAAGUUGUGGAGUAGUUUCUGAAGAUAACUAGGCCACUUCAGAUGAGGGUUUAGGAUGCUGACCUACUUAUGUCACAAGCCUAGGAGUUAGUUUUCCUGCUAGUUCUGUUUGAAUUUAGUCGUUAAACGAGGAACCAGGAGGGUUUAAUCAAAGUUAUCUUACGCAUUUCUGAGGCAGGAGGGUAACCAGUGCGGAUGAAGUUUAAAGUAUUUAUCAGCUAGUAAAUCAUUCCUGAGUCACCACCAACUGGCACUAUGCCAACAAGUGUUCACAUUUUUAUUUAGUAAGACUUUCUGAGAUGUUAGUAAGGCUUACUGGGUAUGUUCUGCAUAAAUAUUUAUUACUAGUACUUUUCUCUAGGAAAAGGGAUGCUUUGGUAGUCAAGACUAAGGACCCAUUAAAUGGAAAAGUCACUGAUGGGUCCUUUCCAGAAGCCACCAGCCACCUUCACAAUAGUAGCACCAAGGUCCUUUUAACUCCGCAGCUCAGAGUCACCCUUUGUUUGACAUUCGGAGUAGUUCUUCUUCUGCCGUCAGAAUGAGCAGUCCCUAGACAGCCACGGCUGCUGAUGUUCUUUUUAUUUUUGUGCAUUACUGAACUUUGAUCUUUAGAUACUUACAAUCGGUUUAAAAUAAAGCUCUGUGACUGCAGGUGACAUCCUCAAA